AAAAAAUUAUAGCCAUUCCAUUAUUAUCAGUAUUCAUUAAAUCGCCCCACGCGUUACAUUGUAAAGGGCAUGCUGGUCCUGAUAAUUAAUGGCGGUCAAAUUGUGCUAAGGAUUUUACAGUAUUUAAAUGAAUAAAAAACAGAAGGAUGGAUUUUGAUUCAUCAUCCAAGUUUAUUCAAUCACUGGCUAAAUUUCUCCAGUCUUUGUGUAAUGGAUACGUUGACUUUGACAAAGGAGUGGAAGUUAUAGGCCAUAUUUACAUUAAUGUUGAUAGUGAUACUGGCAAAAAGGUUGACUAUGUUUUAAAUGAAAAAGUGUGUAAAAAUGAUAAUUCCAUUACUUUCAUCAGCAAUAGUUUUCAUGCCCAACCAGCAGAAAAACCAAAGCCAAUACCUAAGAAGGCAGCAGAACCUGAAAAACAAAAUGAAGACACUAUUGUUAUGGAAGAUUCAGGUCAAGCUGUUCCGAACAGCACAAAUGUAGGUACUAUGGGCUCUUUUAGAAAUGCCUCUCCAAGAGCAAUGUCUCAUGAAGCAGCUUUUGUACCUGGUUCAAAACGACCUCGCACUCCGCCUCAUAGGAGAAAUUCGGGUAAACACAACAGCCCAGCCAUGAAACAUGGUAUGCCUCAGUCUCCACGGUAUCAAGAUUCUGGUGGUCCAGCUGCCAAAAUGGUCAGAUCAGAAAUUACCCCUAGUCCUUUAAAUAAUAGCAACGUUGGUGAUGAUUAUGAAAGCUCAAAUGUCUUUCAGUCUGGUGAAGAAGAUGAUAGUCAAAACUUUUCAGCUAAUUUUCUUGAAGAACAAAGUGCUUCAGACAUUGAUCAAAAGCCAAUCAUUGAUCCUGACAUUAGUAUUGUUAAAGAGGAAUAUAUGUCAAGUCAACAGAGCAGUUGUUCAUAUUCUGGCAAUAGUCAAACUUCAGGACCAGGUCGGGGCAAAAACCAACAGUCCUCGGCAUAUCCUGUGAUGAUUCAUCCUAAUCCUUCCAAUUACUCAAAUGCUGCUGCUAGUUCUCAUCAAUCUGAUUCAUAUUCCGGUUCUUCUUUAGAAGGAGCAGGAGAUCCCUCUACUCUAACUCGUGCUCAACAAGAAGAAUUAGAAAUGUACUAUAGAAAAGGAACAGAUCAACAUUUAACAUUCUUGCGCAAUAUGCGUGAGGCUCACGCUAUGUACCCAUUUACGGGUAAGCGUGAUAAAGAACUUUUUGACAAAGCCCUAGCUGAGCUGAUUUCUCGAUUACCAAUAGUUCAGGCUCAUCCCCAAUUAGAAACUUACUUUUGUGCUAGAGCUGCUGAAUUCAGGUAUCAGGAUAGGCAGGCUAGGAAAGUAGUCAAUAUUCGUGCUAAAAGACAUGCACCUGGUCAGUUUAAAUCACCUGGACAAGGACCUAGAGGACAACCGUUUGGCCGUCAGUCUUUCCAUGGUGGUCCACAAGCAUAUCCUUAUCCUACUGGCUAUGGUGGUAUGCAAGGACAUGCUGGAAUGGAACGAAGAAUGUCAUCAGCAGGUUCUGAAGGAGACAGUUUUCUACAAGGUGCUGGAGAUGAGAGCUAUGAUUAUCAACAGUUAGCAUCAGAUGAUAGCAGAGACACACAACAUUCAAUUGGAGAUCUUAGUCAAGCUCAACCUGGUUUUCAUGGGGCUUUUGGAAAUGGAGGAGGCCAACAAGGAUUAGACACACAUGGAGAGCAGCAGCCACAAAGUGGUGAUGGGGGGCAGCCGAAUGAAACAGGAGGUGGUGGUGGAGCUCAGCAAAGUCCACCUGAUAUUAAAGUUGAAGUAACACCAUAUCCAUUUAUGAAAGCAAAUGAUUUUGAGUUAAUAGAGAUUGAUCCUGAUGAUGAAGAUGAUAUCUAAUAGAUGAUAAUUUGAAGAGAUUUAUUGAGAAUAACUAAUGUAUUCAUCUGUUUGUAGUAAUUUAACAAGCAGUCUAGUUUGUGUUCUUAUUAUGAGUUUCAUUAGGCAAGUUUUUUGUUUUGAUACACCAAUAUUCUUUUUUUUUUACUUUACUUCCCUUAAAAAAAAUAAUCUUAAAGUAGAUUCUGCUAAAUCAUGUUAAAAGGGAAUUCACUUAUUUUGUUUUUCUGUGAGCUAGACGAGGAAUCGUAAUCCGUAGCCUACUGAAUCAAUUAGAUCAUUUGACCAGAUUUGCUUUACUAUUAUUUUAAUAGAAAGUAGUAGAACAAAGUUUUAGUACAACUCCUUACAAAUUCCUUGUAGUAAGUAAUUAAGGAACUUUUAUUUUAUAAAAUAAGGACCAUUUUGUAAAAAUAAUGAUAAUUAUUAAUAAUAUUGUCAAUCAAAAUUUAUGAGUGUAAAUCUAACCAAUAGAAAUGUUUCCAUGAUGAUGUUUUUACUUUCGUACUUGGAAAUCAUGUUGAUGGUAAUGUUCUAUAGAUCAUUCAGUUCAACUUUGUCUUAAAUGCCCUCUGCUGAUGUGAGUUUGAAAAGUAACUUCAUUAUUAUUGAAAUGUAUUGUCCUUUAAAGAAUUAAUCCCUGUUUGAAUGAUGUAAAUGUAACAACCUUUUUCAUAUCAUGCUUAGCAGUAUAUCUCAUGGAUGUUAUGUGAGAGCUGCUUGGGUGUUCAAUGAUGAAUUACAUCUCUUCAUUCAUAAUACAUAAGUUAUGAUUUCAUACUAUUUUCAAAAAUUCUGUAUCUUGGAAGUUAAUCCAUAAUUGGUAUAAAUCCUGUUUUGUAAACAACUACAGAAUCCAUUACCAAUACAAUGUUGGGACUAGCAUAUGUCCACUGAGAUACUUUUCCAAUUAUUUAACAACUAUUUUUUUUUAGUUCCUUUUUUUUUUUUAAAUAGUUUAUCAUUGAUAUUUCAGCCUAAAAGAGCUUUGAUAAUUACAAUUUUAAAACAAUCUGUACAACUUGGAGAAUUACUUUCUAUUUAUUUAGGAAAUAAAAAAAAAAUUUCGGUAAAAAAUUUUUUAUGAGCAUGUUUGGUGUACAUUUUUGCAUUUAGUAUGUUUUCUUGAAAAUUUUUAAACUUCUGCUCUGAAAUAUAUGUUCAAAUAAUUUUUAAAAAUUAUGUUUUGUGGUAUCCAAGGUAGUUAUUUGGUUAUUUUAUUUACUUAUCUGAGAUCAGAAAUGCUUGCUCUAAAUUUUUAAAAUGAAAGAAUAGAUGUUCAGAGAUGUUGAAUGGGUAUCUGCCAAUCAUAGACUGAGUGGUAUAUGAUCAUACUUUCAUCAUUUCAAAUUAUUUUUAAAUAAUCACAUUAAUCAAUAUCAUUUGAAGCAUUAAGUAUAUACUCCAUGUUUUUUUUAAAUGUUCUUGUUGUUGAUGCAAAUAAAGUUAGUGACCAAACAUUUUAA